GAGUUCAGAAGUGCUUUCACGUAACUGAUUCACAUUUAUAGUCGAGCAUUACACUAUUGCCAUUGAAAAAUAACGUGCUAAUUAACUCGUGUACAAUACACAAACAUGCCGUGGUGGAACGAAAACAAGGAAGAAUUUGCCCAGUUAUCAUUCAAUAAAACUAUUUAAAUUUUAGUUGCAAGUAAAAAUCAUCACAAAAUUUUCGAAAUAAACUUAAUUAUUGGGUAGAGUUGGUAUGGGAGAUUCAAUCAUGGGGAGCCAACAACUUAAUCAAUUAGUAAACUGCCUUUGUCCUUAGAUAAGAAACUACGUGCAUUCGACUAUAAGCAAUCAUCGAUCCAUACGGUUGGUUGCUCGAAUAGUAGAACGACUGUACAUUAUUAUUAUUAUUAAUCAGAACAGCAGGAACGAAUAUAUUCUAAUCAUUAACACCAUAAUUUAAUUGUAGCCACGCUUUUAAGGAAAGUCCCUCUGCCUCAACCCACCCCUUUCUUUCUACAAGCAUCUCUCUCCCAAAUUCGGCUUACCUUAUUCUCAUCGCUCGCUCUUCUUCUUCGCCGUGUCUGCCAUUGGCGAGAGAGAUGGAGUGCUCAAUUUGCUGCACAAUGCCACUCAUUCUGCGGCCGCCGAGGAACACCAUCUGCGCCGGCUGCUACGAGGCGGCUCGAACCGCCAUCUCCCUCGUCAACAAGUUCGAAUCCUCCUGCGAUAGAGGAUCAUCGUCAUCGUCGCCAUCAUCGUCAUCGUCAUCGUCGGACCAUCAUUCUACUCAUAAAGCUAAUUCGAGUACUCCUUCGGCUUCUUCUCCAAGUUCCUGUAAGGCUCAACCACUAGCAAACCUCCCAAAAUGGAUUAACAGCCUGAACGAGACACACAACGAGUUGACCCAGAAAAUCGAUUUCCUUAGCAACAUCGUCCAACUGUUCCGAUCACAACUCCUCACCGACAUCCACCUCAAAACCGGCAACGGCGGCGCUCCAAUCCCCGCCCACAGAGCCCUACUCGCAGCGAGAUCGGAGAUAUUCAAGACGAUGCUGGACCCCGACGCCUGCGAGCCCCCCGCCAACGACACAAUCACGCUGCCGGAGCUAAACCACGAGGAGCUGGAAUCCCUGCUGGAGUUUCUCUACAGCGGGGACCUGGCUCCGGAGAAGCUGGAGCGGCACGUGUACGCCCUGACCCUGGCGGCGGACAAGUACGAGGUGCCGUAUCUGCUGGGGCUGUGCGAGCGCCACAUGGUACGGUCCCUGGACGCGUCGAACGCGCUGGAAGUGCUGGAGAUCUCGGACUCGGUCUGUUGCAGUAGCAGUAGCAGUGGUGAUUUGAAGGAGACGGCGGUGAAGUACGUGGUGAAGAACAUGGAGGAGUUGGCCUUUUCGGGUAAGUAUGAGGCGUUCGUGGCCAGCAACCCGCAUUUGGCGGUACAGGUCACGAGGGCGUUUUUGGUGGACGCCAAGCUGGCGCGAUGAUCAGUUAUUUCAGCAUGCACAAGAAACAAUAAUAAUGCUCUGUUUUGGUUUUGUUUUGUACUGCGGUGGGAGUGAUGGGACUGGUACGUGUUCAUUCAUUCAUCGAUCGUUCAUGUGUGGAAUCUUUUGGAGGAUAAUGUAGAUUAAAUUAAUUUUUUUUUGAAUUGGUAUGUUUUUGUUGUUGUAUUUACCCGACCAGAGGGAAGGUAUUCAUGUGGGUAUCAUCUUGGUACUUGGUGUAUAUUUAUACGCAGAUGAAUUUAUUUAUAAGGAUGUCCGAGUAUUUCUGUGGGUACGUAUACAGUAUACUGUUGGAGAUGUAUAUGUAUGGGAAAUUGGUCAAUCAGUUUGCCAUCCUAUUAUCUUCCUUAAUUAAGUUAAAAUAAAGGUUUUCUAAUUAAUAAGUAAUUAGGUCUAGACUAGAAACUGAAAAGAGUCGUUAUAAACGAAGUGAAAAGAGUCAAUUUCCUCCCAGAACUUUUUAUCACUGAGCUUUUAGCUCUUUCGUUGGUGUUUGCCACAUUCCUUCACUAAUGUUAUGUUUGGUGGUGAUGCUCACGUCUUAAUUAACCUGAUGGUCAAUGGAAUGGACUCGUCGUACGCGAUGGGAAGGGCUCUUGUCUUGUGUAAGAGAUUCAGGUGCAAUGAAUGUUACAUUUCAUUUCGGGUCAUGCAGGUAUGUAUAGUAGAGUUGCUAUGACUAAACAGACUACACUUUCAUUGUUGGAUCUUACACUUGUUGACCUUCGUUCUUUUCUUAUUUCCGUAAUGUAACAUGACCUACAAAACACAAAUGUUUAGUAUAUUCUCGUAUCUAAACUUUUACACAUUAGGGUACCUAUGGGCAAGAAGAAGAAAAAAUGUGAAAAGUGGGUUUUGUUGUGAUGGAACGGGAAAAGAACAUUGUAAGAAAGCAGAGAACAAACAAAUUUAUAUGAUUCACUAGUGUGUUAGCUAGCUAGGAGAUGAGUUUGACUAUAUUUGUGUUUGACGAAGAUACAAAUUAGAGAGGGGUUGAGAAUUUAUAUAUGUAAGCACCUUCUCCAAUCGACCAAACCCUAAUCCAAUCUCGAAAGGUACAGUUUUACAAAUUAAAUAGUGAAAAACAUAGGUGUAUAAACUCAUACACUUUAAACUUGUAAUUAUGAUCAAAUUUCAAGUCAUAGCAACAAUUUUUCACGUGGGAACGGCUACACAACUUAUCAUCAUAGUCUAGCAAACCUUAGUAACACAUGAAAACUAAAAUACGACACAGAGUAUUCACAGUUGGAUCAAAUAACCACAGCACCAGUUUACUACACAUAUGUUUGAUUGUAUUUGGCUCUCUCCACCGGGAAUUCAAACCAAACUAGAAAUGAAAAAAAAAAAAAAAAACAGGACAAUUACAAGCGGCCCCGCCCUGCCGUAGCACUACUGUCCCCAGCCAUGUUGAGUGACAGUCCUGAAACUGCUAAUUUGUUUCUACUCAAAACCAGCACCAGUAACACACCAGUAACAUAAAACCAUUAUUUGGACCACCAAACCCUGGAUUAACCAUCGAUAUCCUCCGAUUUAACGACGAUUAAUAUUCCCAUAAGGUCAUCCAUCCCAGCCGUUAAUGGCCUGCAGCACCGCUUGUUUUAUCACUUGGGGAUCGAUAGUCUGCUGCUCCCCUUCUUCUUCAUCAUCGUUUUGAUCUCCACCGCCUCCGACGGCUUGGAGGCGGAAGCUGUCGGAGCAGGAAGCCCUAGCUUCCACCACGUUGAGGCCGAGAUCCUCGAAAGCCUCCAGCACGGAUACCAGCAAGCCGGGGCAGUUCUUCUCCGAGAAUAUGUUUAUCAGGAAACCCUUCUUCUCCAGCGUUUCCACCGUUACCACGGGGAGCUGCUGGCCGGUAUGGUUAAUGUUGUUGUUGUUGUGGUGGUGGCGGCUUGAGGAAGGUUGAUGACGAUGAUGAUGAUCAGCUGACUGGAUGUCGUGGUUCAAUUUCUCGAUCUUCUGUUUGAGUUGUUGAAUGUAGUUGGAGGCAUCUACUAUGAUUGAGCUUCUGUUCACCUGCAGCAACGAUUAAUCCAAGUGCAAUGAGUUUAUUUUCCAAUCCAAAGUGUAGCCUUAGGUAAACCCUAAUAGCCUUUUUUUUUUUCUUUCCCUUUUUGCCGCAAGAUACUCGUAUUUCACGAGGCUCCGUUAUUUAAUAUGCGUACAAUUCACAAUGAUCGAAUUCAAGAACAAAAAUCAAAUCGAGCACAUCCGGUUGUGAAAAGCUAAUAAUGGAUUAUUGUACAACGGUUGAUUAUUGUCCUUGAAAAAUGGAUAUACACAUUAAAAGUUACACGGAAAA